AUGUACCUCUCAAACCUGCCCAGCGAACUGAUAUGCUUGAUUUCUGAAUUUCUCGAUGAUGAAUUCUCUAUCAAUGCGCUUCUGUUGACAUGCAAAAGGUUCCACCUCUUGCUCAAUGACGCGCUCUACGAUCACAAUGUCCGUUGCUCACACGCGUCUGCCCUUGAAUGGGCGGUAACACAUGGCUAUGAAAAUACUGUGCGCUUAGCAUUGAAAUCCGGGGCCUCAAUAUUUGCCGGCCGCUAUCAAGCUUUGAAGCUUAUGGAUCUUGCCUGCAUACAUGGACAAGACUCUAUUGUGCGUCUGCUGAUCAAGCAUGGAGUAGAACCUGGUAUUGUUGGCGGCUGGAUUAGCCAGGAAGAAGUAGAAGAUGAAGAAGAAAACCAGGAACAGGAAGAGAAUGAAAGAGAGGGAGAGGAAUGGGAAGGGGAAGACGAUGACGAAGAUCAAGACCCGCCAUUCUUUAUCGGAGGAGACGAGGAUCUUGGAUAUCCUCUAGCUAUGGUGGCUCUUCGUGGUCACGAGGCCGUAAUUAAGACAUUGCUAGCCCACGGAGUUUCGGUGGCUGCUCCUAUGAUGGAACAAGGUGAGACACCCCUUUGGCUUGCUGCAAGCAGGGGCCAUCUCUCUAUCGUGAAACUCCUAGCAGAGAGUGGUUGUGAGAUCGAUACUUUAGACCGUCGAGGGUUAACACCCCUUCACGAAGCUGCUCAGAAGGGUUGUACCGACGUCGUUCGUGCCGCAUCAGGAACGCAUGUGGAUAUCGUUGAAUUGCUACUAGAGGCGGACAACCUGACCAUCCUACCUCUAGCUCUGGCUGUGGAAGCUGGACACCAAGCCGUGGUUGAGAAACUGCGCAUAGCCAUGGAUCUGAACAGUAUGAUCACUGCUGGUGAUCCUAAUGACGAAGCACACCGGAUUCUUUUGCUAGUAUCCGCUGCCUAUGGCUGGGAGGAAACAUUGAAAUUACUCCUUAAGCGAGGCUGCUACAGAAAGUGGAAUUUGCUGUCCCGAUUUUUGAAAGUAUAA